UGUCUUUUUUUUUCUUUUUUUCCCUUUCUUUUUCCUUUUUUCGGGUCAGGUAGUUGGUAGAAGAUAUUUUUUAUUAUCAAAAAAGAAAUAAAAAAUCCAACCCAAUGGAAAUUGGAAGUGACAUAUAAGUAAUCUGCAGAGAAACAAGAGAAGAAAGCUUCAAUCCGUGUUUCUUUGAGAAGAAGGGUGGAUCUAUUAACAACUUGUUAAUAGGCACACCCUUCUCAUGUUAAGAUAUUUCUAAAGAAACCGAAAGGUUAAAGCUGCUGUUUAUAAGUUAGUGUAGUUACAAGCCUCAAAAUCUAAGAGUUUCAGAAUAUGACGAUUGGAAGCCUUAAACAUUCAAAGGAGAAGAAAUCCCGAAGGAGCAAACAAGCUGUGGUUGAUGAGCAAUCACCAUUAUUGCCUACAAAGCAUAAGGAAGAUGCUGGAUUCGAUGAGUUUGAUGGGGCUUCCUUUAGUGGGGCUGUAUUUAAUUUAUCAACCACAAUUGUUGGUGCUGGAAUCAUGGCCUUGCCUGCGACCAUGAAGUCGCUAGGUCUAAUUCUUGGGAUUGCUAUGAUCGUCUUCAUGGCUUUUCUGACGGAAUCUUCGAUUGAGUUGUUGAUUAGAUUUAGCAGGACUUCUAAAUCAGCUUCUUAUGGGGGUCUUAUGGGCGACACCUUUGGAAAGUAUGGGAAGAUGCUGCUCCAAAUAUGUGUACUUGUUAACAACAUAGGUGUACUUGUUGUAUACAUGAUUAUCAUAGGUGAUGUGCUCUCUGGAACAAAUUCAAGUGGAGUUCACCAUGCUGGUGUCCUGGAAGAGUGGUUUGGGGCCCAAUGGUGGAAUAGUCGGUUCUUUAUUCUUCUUGUCACCACUCUUGGCAUAUUUGCGCCAUUGGCUUCCUUGAAGCGUAUUGAUUCAUUGAGAUUUACAUCUGCAUUAUCAGUCGCCUUGGCUGUUGUAUUCCUGGUCGUGACUGUGGGGAUUACCGUAUUCAAGCUAAUGAAUGGGACCAUUCUUAUGCCCAGAUUGCUUCCUGAUGCGUAUGAUCUGACAUCAUUCCUUAAGCUCUUUACAGUUGUUCCUAUACUCGUUACAGCAUAUAUAUGCCACUAUAAUGUUCAUUCAAUAGAAAAUGAACUUGAAGACAACACACAGAUCAGAGCAGUGGUGCAAAGCUCGCUUGCUCUUUGCUCAACAGUGUAUGUGUUGACAAGCCUGUUUGGUUUUCUCCUCUUUGGUGAUGCAACCCUUGAUGACGUGCUUGCCAACUUCGAUACCAAUCUUGGAAUCCCAUUAGGCUCCUUGCUCAAUGAUGUCGUUCGUGUCAGCUAUGCUGCCCACCUGAUGCUUGUCUUCCCCAUUGUCUUUUAUCCAUUGCGGCUUAACUUGGAUGGUCUUCUCUUUCCUUCUGCGAGGCCUCUGACUUUUGACAAUUUGAGAUUUGCAUUGAUCAGCAGUGGGCUCAUUGCCGUCAUCUUUCUGGGUGCAAAUUUCAUCCCAAGCAUCUGGGAUGCUUUUCAAUUCACAGGGGCAACUGCUGCUGUUUGCAUUGGCUUCAUAUUUCCUGCUGCUGUUACUCUCAGGGAUCGGUAUGGCAUAGCAACGAAGAAGGACAAGAUCUUGUGCAUAUUUAUGAUUGUCCUUGCUGUCUUUUCUAACGUGGUGGCCAUAUAUAGUGAUGCUUAUGCCUUGAUUAAGAAGAGUUCAUCACCACGUGAGUGAUUUCUCAUGUUGUCUGCUAGCAACAAUGAGACAGAACCAUCAGUUGCACUCCCGGGGAAGAUAGACUGAUGACAGGAUCAUUAUGACACAGGAGAUAGUGCAUUUCCUUGAGGUUGCUGGUUCGUGAUUGAAUAAAGUUUAUAUGUACUACUAGAUAUCAAAACUUGAGUAGGUCUGCUCAAGAUGUAUCAAAUCUUGGCAUCCAUGUACCAUUGAGUUCCGGUUGUAUUACAUAAAUUAUGUCUGUAAAGUGGAAUGAGAAAACAGAGAGUCGGCCACUUGGCUAUGAAUGAGUUUUGUGCUAGUAUAUAUUGGUUUUUUUCAUGUACUGGUAUCCACUUGUGUGAUGGUUGAUGGAGUUUACAUGGUAAUCCAUCCUUUUGUUUUCCUUUUACA